AUGAAGACCUCGUGUAGCAGCAGCUCUUCUCCGGGUCUGCUCUCGUGCGAAGAGCGUAAAAGGGCCCUCUUGGACCGACUCAUGGAGUACUUCUUCGCCGAGCUCGCAAGGGGCCGAACGAACGCCACAGGCCGGGCAGGAUGCUCAACAGGGCCAGGUAAAAAGUCCACAGCUGGGAGUUCAAGCCGCCAAGGGGACCCGCAGGAUGGCCUCUCGAGGAAGAACAAACGACCCGCCAACAGCGAUGAGCGCGGCGGCGAUGACAAUGAAGAACAUGAGGCGCCAAAACCCAAGAAGGCCAAAAGCGAUGAGGUCGAGGUGAGGAGACUCGCCUGCCCCUUCUUCAAGAGGAAUCCUCGCCGCUACAAGGACCAGAGCAAGUGUGUCGGGCCUGGUUGGCUUACGGUGCAUCGUCUGAAGGAACACCUCUACCGGCGGCACAUGCUGCCGAUUCACUGCUAUCGGUGCCGGGAGACCUUCCCCAACGACCGGCUCCUCCAGUUGCACUCACGGUCAAAAUCACAGUGCGCGGUGCGCGACGACGCGCCGGGAGAGCAGGAGCUUCAAGGGAUUGACGCGCAUCAGGAGAGGCUUCUGCGCAGCAGGAAGAGAACCGACAAGAGCGAGGCCGACAAAUGGCGCGACGUAUUCCGGAUCUGCUUCCCGGCUGACGCGCCGGAUAUUAUACCCACGCCGUGGUUCGAGCUGCCGCCGGCCUGGGGAGUCGAGGCUGCGGGCCAGAUGCCUAGCUCGCCGGCGUCCGAUAUCACGCGGUACGAAGAGUUUCUUCGGAGGGAGUUGCCCAGGCGCGUCAGAAGCGAGCUGGAGGUGCGCAUUGAGCACGAGCUUAGCCCCGUGGAGGAGAGCUUAAAGCAUCAGCUUGUGGAUAUUGUGCGGGACAUGCAGCAGAGAUUGUUUGCGGAUUUCAGGAAGUUGCAAGGGGACGGAACCACUCAGACGGAGACCACAGUGGAGCUGGAAACAGAGAGCGAUGGCUAUGUGAAGGGUAAAGGGAGGGCUAUGGCGUUGGAGUCGCCCGAGGACCUUGCCAUGGAGACAUCAACGUCCGGGGCUUCUUUUGACGAUCCCGCCCAUGAGACGCCACCCAUUGUCGCUGGCCGGACACCCACUCUGCCGAUCGAUGUAUACCGGCAGUCGCAGCCAUCCCUGAACAGUACGGCCGAUUUCAAUGGGGUAAUGUUUGAGCUGGGCCAAGGCUGUGGGGACUGGAGCUGGGCCGAUUCGGGAUACAUGUCGGCUGCUAUGUCCGCGGCGAGCAGCAACAUAUUUGCGGACGACGACGGCAUGGUGUGUGAUGAUGGGAUGAUUGGUGGGACGAUUGGUGGGCACUUUCGUCAUGCUGGCAUAUUUGGGGAUUAUCGACAAGACUGGCCAUGA